AUGUUAUUUAACGGACUACUGGUAGCCUUUAACCGGGUGGUAGGAACUUAUGUUCCUCAAAUAACUGGAAAGGCAGUUACAGGUAACAACGAAACAACUGAUAGUCUUUUAGACGAAAAAAUAUCUAUAUAUUGCGUAUCAGUUCAUGAAAGACGUGAAAAACCGAGGAUUAUAAGAAGCAGUAGUGGCUUUUUAAAAUUAUCGAUGAAACGUAGUUGGAAUGCUUCGGCUCCAAAUAUUACUUCACCAUCUAUUGUAACACCUUUAACUCCAACUCCUGCUACUCCAUUGUGGAAAGAACAAGUUGACCCCAAUGUUAAAGCAGAAUUACCACAAGCUGAAAUUCAUCGACAAGAAAUAAUAUUUGAAAUUAUUCGUACUGAAAAGGCAUUUGUCGAAGAUAUGAAAUACUUGACAGAACAUUAUAUAAAUAGAUUCCAAGAUUCUGGCAUUCGUUUACCUUCUAGUCUUGUGCAAACAUUUAAGAUAUUGCCGGAUAUAUUGUUAUUACAUCUUAAUGUCUCUCUACAACUUCGUUGUACGCAAGCAAUUAUGUAUCCAGUCGUACCAUCAAUAACGCACAUCCUUCGAGACUUAUCAAAACAAUUCCAAAUUUAUGAAUCAUAUCUUAUUCAUCAUAAAAUGGCAAUAUCAGAAAUAGCAAAUGCACGUAAAAAGAACAAUAAAUUAGGUCAACUAGUAAAAUCUUUGGAGUCAGACCUAUUACCCGGCAGAUUCCUAACUUUAGAAAGUUUACUCACGAAACCAUUUCAAAGAUUAUGCAAAUAUCCUCUUUUGGUUAUGACGUUAUUAAGGGCCACCGCACCAGAUCAUAAAGAUCAUGCUUCGCUUGUCGAUUUGCAUGAUCAAAUGGAUUGCGCUCUUAAAGACCUUCAAGAACGUAAAUCAAGACAUGAACGUUUGAAGGAAAAUGAAGAAUUUUCAAAUAAAUUUUCG